AUGGUUACGAAAGGAGUGGUCCUUGGUCAUAAAAUCUCAAAGAAAGGCAUAAAAGUGGACAGGGCAAAGGUAGAGGUGAUUGAAAAGUUACCUCCACCUUGCAAUGUCAAAGGAAUUAGAAGCCUUUUGGGACAUGCUGGUUUCUAUAGGAGGUUUAUUAGAGACUUCUCUAAGGUUGCCAAGCCAUUGAGCAACCUACUUGUCUCUAAUGUGCCUUUCGUUUUUGAUAAUAAAUGCAUGUUAGCCUUUGAGCAGCUUAAGAACAAACUUUCCUCUGCACCUAUCAUAGCACCACCAUGUUGGGAUCUACCCUUUGAGUUGAUGUGUGAUGCAUUAGAUUUUGUUGUGGGUGCUGUUUUAAGACAGAGGAAGGAUAAAUGGGAUAGGAGUGGAGCAGAGAACAAAGUUGCUGACCACCUUUCAAGGAUCCUACAAGAAGAAGAAGGAGCACACCAUCUUGCAGUAAAUGAAAGCUUCCCGGAUGAGCAAUUGAUGAUGAUACAAGAGACCCCUUGGUUUGCUGACAUAGCCAAUUUCAAGGCCAUUGGGGAACUACCAACCAACAUCAACAAACACAUGAGGAGAAAGCUCAUCAAAGAUGCCAAAUACUAUAUUUGGGAUGAGCCAUAUUUGUUCAAAAAGUGUGCUGAUAGGAUCUUGAGGAGGUGUAUAUCCCAUGGAGAAGGACAAGAGGUGCUUUGGCAAUGUCAUGGAUCUGCAAUAGAGGCCACUUUAGUGGAGAAAGAACAGCAGCCAAGGUGCUCCAAUGUGGAUUCUACUGGCCAAGCAUUUUCAAUGAUGCAAAGGACUUGGUGUCAAGGUGUGAUAAAUGCCAAAGGGCUGGCAAUCUACCCUGGAAUAAUGAGAUGCCACAGAGAUUUAUAA